GAGUGGGGGAGAUUUUGCAGGGAUGUUUAAUAUUCAGGUCACAUGAUAUGACCAUGGCAGCGGCAGCAGCAGCAGCAUCCCUGCUUAUCUGAAACAUCUAGUGGAGGAGAGAAAAAAAGAGAGAGAAGGAGAAAGUGAGAAAGAAAAGCAGAACCUCUGAGACAGCCACACUGCACCGGUGUCAGGAGAGAAAAGUGCGUGUGUGGGGGGGGGAAGCCACCGCUCGGGAGCAUAUUCAGAGACAAAGAAAGAUUCAUGUUCAAAGGGUCAGCAGACAACAAGAUUGAGGCAGCUAUGUCUGAGCUGGUGCCGGAGCCCCGGCAAAAACCAGCAGUGCCAAUGAAACCUGUUGGCAUUAACUCCAACCUGCUGGGCUACAUUGGGAUCGACACCAUCAUUGAGCAGAUGCGCAAGAAGACCAUGAAGACAGGCUUUGACUUCAACAUCAUGGUUGUAGGUCAAAGCGGGCUGGGGAAAUCAACACUGGUGAACACCCUCUUCAAAUCCCAAGUUAGCCGCAAGUCUUCAGGCUGGAACCGUGAGGAGAAGAUCCCUAAGACAGUGGAGAUCAAGGCCAUUGGGCAUGUCAUUGAAGAAGGUGGUGUCAAGAUGAAACUGACAGUAAUUGACACCCCAGGGUUUGGUGACCAGAUCAACAAUGAGAAUUGCUGGGAGCCCAUUGAGAAAUACAUCAAUGAGCAAUAUGAAAAAUUCCUGAAAGAGGAAGUGAAUAUUGCAAGGAAAAAACGAAUCCCAGACACGAGAGUCCACUGCUGCCUCUACUUCAUCUCCCCCACGGGUCACUCCUUGCGACCCCUGGACCUAGAGUUCAUGAAACAUCUCAGCAAAGUAGUAAACAUCAUCCCUGUUAUUGCCAAGGCAGACACCAUGACCCUGGAAGAGAAGACUGAGUUCAAACAAAGGGUGCGCAAAGAACUGGAGGUGAAUGGGAUCGAGUUUUACCCCCAGAAAGAGUUUGAUGAGGACCUGGAGGAUAAAACAGAGAAUGACAAAAUCAGGCAGGAAAGCAUGCCGUUUGCAGUGGUGGGCAGCGACAAGGAAUACCAAGUAAAUGGCAAAAGAAUCCUGGGCAGGAAAACUCCCUGGGGCGUCAUUGAAGUGGAAAACCUCAAUCACUGUGAAUUUGCCCUACUUCGAGACUUUGUCAUCAGGACCCACCUCCAAGACCUAAAAGAAGUGACGCACAACAUCCACUAUGAGACCUACAGGGCCAAGCGGCUGAAUGACAACGGGGGGCUCCCCCCGGUGACCGCCGAGACAGAGGAGAACCACGAAAGUAAUCUGUGAAUCACUCCUCCCACUGUCUGGAUAUUACAACCCGUCCCAGCUACCCUUGACUUUACUGUAGGCCUGUCUUCAAAGCAUGUGGCACAUCCUGUGUGUGUGUGUGUAUGGGAGAAGGAGCAGGGGCAUACCUUUCUCCUUCCUAGAAUGUCGUCAUUCUUGUUUUUUGCACAGCAGGCUGUUUGUUGUCUUCCCCUCUCUCGUGUUCUGUGGUUCAGUUGCGUGACUUGGUUGUGGGAAGUAGUGGAGGGAAUGCUGGGAGAUUUGAUUUCUGGCAUUUGGGGUGUUUGGAGAGGAUGACUUGGUUCUGUGUUUGCACAUUUGAAAAGCAUAGAAAGACUCCAAGGACAGACAGAUUGAUCAAUGAGCACAGUGCCUUCCGAAUGGUGGUGGCAUCGGAGAACCUCUUCCUGCAUGUGAGUGGAGUUCCCUGGUGUAGAUGGGGAAGGUAGGUGGUUGAUUAGGGGGAGUGAUAGGUGGCUAUGGCAUAUCCCCUUUUCUCACUGAGGCCUGUUAAAAAAGGGAAGGGGGCGGGGUUAGUGGUAAUUUGUGUCUGGGAGAAGAGAGAUUAUCAUAUUUUCCAGUCCAUGUUCUAACUGGAAGAUGGGUGGUGGUGGGAAGUGAGCACAAAUUAGAUCUUGGACCUUAGGGUUUCAUUGUAAGAUCUAGAAGGUGUUGUUUUACCUUCCCAUCACAGGUGUCUGGGAGGGGAGAGACAACAAAAAAACAGGAACACUAAUUGAGGGACAAAUCCUGAGGUCUUCACUGAGGGCCAAAUAGUGGCAUUUAGCCACUGCUCUGGAAUUGGCAGGGUGUCUCCCUACCCCAGCAGGCAGGGGGCCUGGGUAGGCUGCCCCAUCUUCUAGGAUACUUCAGCUUGCUGCCCCCAGUGUGCUCAGCCCACUUUGCAAGCCAAUGCAAAGGGUGAGGAGAACAGGCCCAGGCAUAGCUCUAUUGCUUCCCUUCCUGUGGGGCAACAUACACCUGCUGGGACACAGCAGAGGGGCAGGCCCUGCACUCCUGCAAUUGACACACAGGGUAGGCUCCUUAUGUAGUCACCCAUGCAAGGGCCACCCAUAAUCUGGCCCCGGGGAGUUUACUUAGGCAGAACUCCCAACUAAGCAAAUGGGCCAAGCUCUUAGUCCUCACUCAGUUUUUACCCAGUAUUUACUUGGACAAACUUGUCUCUGAAGCCAUGGGAGAUGUGCCUAAGUAAAAAAAAUGAAUGAGGGCCUUGGAAUGUGCCCUAGAGUUAAUCGCUUGAAACGAAGCCAAUACCAGUAAGCAUGAGUUGCACGUACUAAUGUGAACAUGAGACCAUCCCUUCUUCUUUCCUUAGCACAAAGAGCUGGGUUCACUGGAACUAGCUCAUGGACAAACGGGGCAGAAUUUUGGCUGGCCUGCUGGUCUUGGGUCAAGUGAUCCCCUCUACACCCACCAGUUCUCGGCACACUCUCACUAGUUAGUUAUUGAGGACGUCAGAGGAUGUAUAGAGGGGGAGAAAUAUGUGCUAAGGGAGGGUGAAUGAGAAGGGAAAAGGGACGUUGACAGCAGAGAGGAAAUCAUCUUUCCCAGGACUGGAGUGAGUUUCCACACAAGAAUACCUCCUAAUUCUGUUGGGAAACAUCAUGGGAUCCCUUUAUCUGCUGUAUAGGAUUCUGCGUUUAGGGAAGGAAGAGAGAAAAAUACACAUGACCCUUGCCCCCCCCGGCCAGGGCCACUCACUUUUGACAUAGUGCUGGAGGAUACCAGUCCUUGAGCAAGUGAGAACUGUGGAUAUCUUGUGAGGUUCCUCGCAGAUUUUCCACACUGGGAACCUUUCCAUUGGCUUACCCUGGGGCCCGAGCCUCUACUGUGCUUUUAGAUCCUUUGGGAUGAAAUGUGGGCAUUAUAGAGAUGUAAAGUUCAUAUCUUAUUUAAUUGCUCGAUGAAGAAAUGCUUUUUAAUCCCCUGGAUUUCUUGCACUAGGGAUCCCUUUCCCCUUCCCAGUCACAGCUAUAUCAUUCUCCAGCUGCCAAACAAACAUGGUCAGUCUCUGCACAGCUUCCAGAUGUGAAUCGCGACUGCUUUAUCAGUUUCCCCCUCUGAUCUUCCAGGAGACGGCCUGGUAUUUGAUUAAGGGACUUGUCUCUCUCUCAGCACUGAGCCUGAGCCCUAGAUUAGGGGUAGAUGUAGUCACUGAAUGGUUAUAUCAGUUUUCUUAAUACUAAGGCCUCUAUUUUGUAUUUUACCUGUGGAGAAACAGCAUUGCAUAAGAACAUAAGAAUGGCCCUACUGUGUCAGACCAAAGGUCCAUCUAGCCCAGUAUCCUGUCUUCCGACAGCGGCCACUGCCAGGUGCCCCAGAGGGAAUGAACAGUGAUCCAUCUCCUGUCGCUCAUUCCCAGCUUCUGGCAAACAGGCUAGGGACACCAUCCCUGCCCAUCCUGGCUAAUAGCCAUUGAUGGACCUAUCCUCCAUGAAUUUAUCUUAUUCUUUAUUUAACCAUGUUAUGGUCUUGCACAUCACAAUAUCCUCUGGCAAGGAGUUCCACAGUUGACUGCGUUGUGUGAAGAAAUACUUCUUUUAUUUGUUUUAAACCUGCUGCCUAUUAAUUUCAUUUGGUGACCCCUAGUUCUUGUGUUAUGAGAAGUAGUAAACAACACUUCCUUAUCUACUUUCUCUACACCAGUCGUGAUUUUAUAGACCUCAAUCAUAUCUCCCCUUAGCCAUCUCUUUUGCAAGCUGAAAAGUCCCAGUCUUAUUAAUCUCUCCUCAUACGGAAGCCGUUCCAUACCCCUAAUCAUUUUUGUUGCCCUUUUCUGAAUCUUUUCCAGUUUCAAUAUAUCUUUUUUGAGAUGGGUCGACCACAUCUGCACACAGUAUUCAAGAUGUGGGCAUAUCAUGGAUUUAUAUAGAGGCAACAUGAUAUUUUCUGUCCUAUUAUCUAUUCCUUUCUUAAUUAUUCCCAGCAUUCUGUUCGCUUUUUUGACUGCCACUGCACAUUGAGUGGAUGUUUUCAGAGAACUAUCCACAAUGACUCCAAAAUCUCUUUCUUGAGUGGUAACAGCUCAUUUUAUAUGAAUAGUUGGGAUUGUGCUUUUCAAUGUGCAUUACUUUGCAUUUAUCAACAUUAAAUUUCAUCUGCCAUUUUGUUGCCCAGUCACCCAGUUUUGAGAGAGCCUUUUGUAGCUCUUUGCAGUCUGCCUGGGUCUUAACUAUCUUUAGUAAUUUUGUAUCAUCUGCAAAUUUUGCCACCUCACUGUUUACCCCUUUUUCCAGAUCAUUUAUGAAUAUGUUGAAUAGGACUGAUCCCAGAACAGACCCCUGGGGGACACCACUAUUUACCUCUCUCCAUUCUGAAAACUGACCAUUUAUACCUACCCUUUGUUUCCUAUCUUUUAACCAGUUACCAAUCUAUGAGAGCACCUUCCCUCUUAUCCUGUGGCAGUUUACUCUGGUAAGAGCCUUUGAUGAGGGACCUUAUCAAAGGCUUUCUGAAAAUCUAAGUACACUAUAUCCACUGUAUCCUCUUGGGCCACAUGCUUGUUGACCCCCUCAAAGAAUUCUAGUAGAUUCAUGAGGCAUGAUUUCCCUUUUCUAAAACCAUGUUGACUCUACCUCAACAAAUUAUGUUCAUCUAUAUGUCCGACAAUAUUGUUCUUUAUUAUAGUUUCAACCAGUUUGCCCGGUACUGAAGUCAGGCUUACAGGCCUGUAAUUGCCAGGAUCACCUCUGGAGCCCUUUUUAAAAAUUGGCAUCACAUUAGCUAUCCUCCAGUCAUCUGUUACAGAAGCUGAUUUAAAUGAUAGGUUACAGACUACAGUUAAGUAUCAGAGGGGUAGCCGUGUUAGUCUGGAUCUGUAAAAGCAGCAAAGAGUCCUGUGGCACCUUAUAGACUAACAGACGUA